AGGUUGUUUUUCGUGUAUGGUACUUCUACCUAGGAGGUCUUCCUGUUUCACUUCUUGAAGUACUAGUACACGACCUAUUGUGCUGUCAUAAUCCAGCAUCUGUAUUUAGCUGCAAACAACAGAAAAACAAGAAAUUGAAGGCUCCACCAAGAAUAAUGAUUCACUCGUCUUCUGGUGUGCUUCAUCCGAAGUUUUCGUCAUGGAAGAGAACUUUUCGCAUGUUGUUUCCUCCUCUGUUCCUCCUCCUCCUCCCCCUUCGACCGGCCGCCGGCUUCGAGUUCGACGUAGACGGCACCCAGUAUUCGACCACCCGCUUGCUUGUCCGCGACAAAGAUAACACUUUGAUCUUUUUGGCCGAGAAAUCCAGUGAGCAAAUAAACGGUCAGAACAACGGGAAGUCUACUUCUGGUGAAGAACUUUUAGAUUCUUCUACAACUACAACUUCUGGAAAGCAGGGUACCACGACCACAGGUACAAGUGCCGCCUCGCCAUCCAACACCGCGUUUGACGACUUGCUCCCGAAUGACGGGUUUUUCGCGGUGGAGGACUUUCACAAGGGGGAGAUCGCAAUCAAGCUCGGGUCCGACCGGCAGUCCAUCGAGCGCGACGCAGAGAUCAUGCGGAACUUGCCGGUGAACGAACCGCGGAUUGAGCGGUGCGUCUCCGAGCAGGACCGGUGCCAGGUGCGGCAGCAGAAGGAAAACUUUUUUUUCGCCAUGACCGCGCCGCCGGGAAAGGACUUGCGGUUCGAGCGGUGGUUUUUGUCGGACGAAGAAAGGCUGUGGGUGGUUUCCAACGUGUUUGCCGCGCUGGACGAGAACAAGCUAUGAAAUGCAAAAAUGCCUGGGUCUGGAAGGAUCCGAACUUGUGACGCGCAUUUUAGAACACAGAAAAAUCUCUCAUGCAUAGGUAGCAAAAGCUGCCGACUUUCUGUCACCAAAGUGGGGGAUUUCUCAUGCGGGUUCGGCAUUGCGGAAGCUUCUCGAAACCUGUGAUGCUAGAGCUUCCAUGCCAGACCUUCUGUGUCAUGCAAAAACAGCAUGACUCUUCACUUCAAGACCCAGACAUUUUUACAUUUGAUACGAGCUGCGCCACAACGAUUUGUCGCCCGCGAAUGUGUAUCCUGUGCAAAAGUAUCGCACUCGUAUUGCAAUCAUGCAUUACAAAUUUUUUUCUGAGGCGAAAUCCGCAUUACAAAUUUUAUUUCUCAUGCUGACCUCGAAAACAAAUCUUCACUGUUCUUUUUUUCAUUUUUGUUUUACCCUCUUCUAGCGCUAAGAAGCCUCCGUCGAUCCUCUUUCCCGAAAAAGAUCCAUUUUUUUACCCCGUUACUACUCGCCGUGGAGUAGUUUUUUUUUCCGCUUUUGGAUCAUUAACUUAGUAGGCCCCUAAAGUGGGAAAAGACAACAAGAGCAGAGCUUCGGCCCCAAGGCGCGCAGAUUGUCCGUCCCCCCCCCCUCACAAACUUGGACCCCAGGUUCUCCAUGCGCCGCAACCACAACGGAACGGAGCGGAAGGAGGAUUCGCGCCGAAGACUUUGCAUGAAAGAAAACAGCAGAAAAACGGGCGAAGAAAUCAGGUCCGAGACUCAUACUCACCCCAUGCGAGGCCACCUGCGCGAAAAUUCCGAUGGAAUUUCGCCCAACUUUGCCUGCGACCAUGGAAGUGAGUAGACCCGCAAACUUUUCAUAUCCAGCAGUAGGCCGCCGAACAGUCCCCGUACCCCCUGAGUAGCCCCCCCAACUACUCACCCGAGCCCAUGAUCCCACCUGCUGCUUCGGCACCAACUGGAUCGGCUCACCAUCCGCUUCCGGGGGGUGCAAAUUGGUAUCUAACCGACAUUGUGCCAAGAGGAGGGCCUCCCCGGGACCGCCUGGCGAAAGCCUGCCAUGGGUUUCACUGUCCACGGGUGGUGUUGCGGGUAAUCCUGGCGAAAGCCAAAAACCGGCAGAAAAUGGGGCCACGGGAGAGUUCUUGCUGGACAUUACCAACAUUUGCCCAUGCAGAGCCGUCCUCUUGCCGGACACAACCAACAUCUGUCCGAAACAGCCUAGGGCCAAGACGACACCGUGAGGACGACCACAGGGGGUUCGUCUCAAUGAAAUGAAAUGAAAUGCUGAGUGCAUUUAUACGCGUGCGAUACUUUUGCAGUUCAUAAUGUGGUCGUUAACUGGCACCCGAAGACGCCGCUGGUCACGCUGAUGGACUUUGCGAUCGAUAUCGCCGACGACCCGGAAACCAAGCAGACCUGGGUCGACAAAAUUUGGUCCGCGGGGGUCUUUACCUAUUUCAUGUUUUUUGAUUGGAAAAAGCUCCGAGAGGAGUACGGGGACGGCAUUCUCAAAACCACGUUCUCAAAGUUCUCCACUACAGCCGCGAGCAAGAUGAAAACUGAGGAUAUUAAUGUUGCUACCCCAGCAGGAAGUAGAGCUGGAACUACGACCGGGUCCGCCGUUCCAAACGAGGACCAGGUACUAUUGCAACCCAGUGCACCUGCUUCGACCUCUAGUUCGGCAGCUGCAUCACCUACAACUACUCCAAAUCUGCGGGGGACAGCGAUUGCAGCUGCAGGAGGGAAAGCGACGGCAAGAAAGACCACGAGCGAUGGGCAAGAAGAAGCGGAGCUGCACCAAAUGGAACUACAUCAAUCACGAAAAACAAGUAUUGCAGCAAAUAAUUUGAUGGACUCGGGUGAAGACCACAAUACAGGUGGACGUGGAGUAGCUGGAACAAGUACCGAAAAUGCUGGAACCCGUUCUACUCCUGCUUCCCAGCAAGUACAAAAAAUACCAAACACCGAAGAUGCUGUGAUCACGUCCGACCAUAUUUGGUUCUACUGGGAGAUGUUUCUAACCGUGCCGACCCGCGAAGACAUCCGACGCGUGCGCACCGCGACGGUCCCGGUUCCCACGGCCACGCAGGGACACGCGCCGUGGCGAAGUUUGUUGAAUUUACGGUUCUACUUCCCGAUGGGAUUCUUUACUCUGUUCCUAAUCGCGUGCUUCGCAGUGUUUUUCCUCGUGAAAAAGGAAGGGAGAGGAACGGAAGCUGCAACGGCAGAAGGACAAGGCGGGCCACAAGAAAGUCGUGCAGCAGGAGAAGCUGGUGCAAGAACCAGUGAACAAGAUACAGAAAUAAACCAACCGUUGUUGCCCUUUGAUUUUACAAGGCAGCCGAGCCACGCCACAACCGCGACCAGUAGCCGGGCGUCGACUCCGCGCAGUGCGUAUGCAUUGCAAAUAUGUCUGGGUCUGGAAACUUGUGAUGCUGAUUUAUGAAUUGCGGGGACACUGCAAUAGGCAGUCACGCAUGACAAGUUUUUGGGCUCCUUUGUGUUUCCGUUUCGCUUUCUGCAUCACAAACUACAUUUUUGCAUGACAGGCAAGAGGCUUUUUUCCUUCUCACGCAUUACAGAUUCAAGAGUCGUGUGAGACAAGCAUGACAAACUUGCAAUCUUCCAGACCCAGACAUAUUUGCAUUUGGUAGUGCCGCUGGUGAGAAUUCAACUUCAAAAGUGAUGAUGCAUCCACUCCUGGUCCUCAGCUGGGUGGCUGUUUUGCUCUCGUAUCUCCCGUUGCAGAACCUGUUGCUCUAUCGCAACUCCUUCUUCAUUCCCGGACCCUUCUACCCACCGCUCGUGAACGGGUACAACUCCCUGCCACUGGAACUGUGCGUGCUGCUCGCGUUUGAGUUUUCCGUAACGGGGUACCGCCCGGACCUGAGCCCGCCCCUGUUCCACAAGAUCUUCCGCCCCUACCUCUGGUCCGCUAUGACGGCCUAUGCAUUGCAAAUAUGUCUGGGUCUGGAAGGAUGCAGCAGGUUUUCCAUGACCCAUGAGGUCUGGAAUGCGGGACCUAGCAUGACAGAGUCGGUGAGCUCUCUUUCAUGCCGCUCCUGCAUGAGAAACUCCCUCCCAACUUGGUCGAAAGUGGGCAGCUUUUGGCACUCAUGCAACACAGAUUUCUGCAUGAUUCGGGUUUAAUAGCAGGACAAGUUGCAAUCUUCCAGACCCAGACACUUUUGCAUUUGAUACGGCCACGCUCACCGCAGGUAUGCUGCUCCUCUCCCUCCGGAUGACCCUGUUUUUCGUGCCGAUCUUGUUUCUGCAGGUGACAAAUUUCCUCGGGUUUCUCGCCUGCGGCUAUUUGUGUUUGCAUUCCGUCUCCGAACUGAUCAAGCACCGGAAGAGCCCAAACUUGGUAUCCACGGCAACCAGCCGUCGGUACGGCCGCGACACCUACCUCGAACACGCUCAUAUGGAUUGCAAAAGUGCCUGGGUGUGGGUCUGGAAGAUUUCUAGAUUUGGCAUGCAUAGUUUCCAUAAGCCAUGAUGUCUGUGAUGCAUGCCAGAGCAUCACAGAUUUUUAGGGGGCUUUGUGAUACCUCUACCGCAUGAGAAAUCAAUGCCCUCUCCACGUAGGACAAACCCGACCCCUCUUGCUGGUCGUGCAAUACAAAUUUUUUUUAGAAUCCACAGACAGCAUCACAAGUUGUGAUCUUCCAGACCCAGACAUAUUUGCAAUCCAUACCUCACGAAGUGAAGCUAAACGGCAAGAACGGCGUGCAGAAUGGGACGAACAGCGAGGGAGCGAACGCGGACAAGGAAAAAAUGACCAGCGACAAAGCACCAGUAACAAGUAUAGCUACUAUCAGUAAUGGAAUAAACCAAUACGAAGAGGAGGAGGAACAGCCGCUGCUGGUAGGAAACAGCAAAACCAGUGUUGCAGGACCGCCGGGGGUUGCAGCUGCGCCUGUAUCUUCCGACACAGAGGAGCUGCAAGCUACUCAAUAAUAUGAGUGGUCGCGACGGUGUGGAAGGAUGAACACCCUGUUCAGUGAGAAGAGGACAAGAAGCGAGCCCAUCGCCUUCUAUGAGUUCUUGUGCCUGGUAAUAAAUUGAUUCUCUGCGACCACUACAUCGAAAUUAAGAUUUCUGAGCGCUCAAAUAAUGUACUAAGUUAUCAUGAAGUAGAACACCGAACCGAAUGGAUAUGGAGGAUUGCACCUGUAGAGAUUGAUACUGUAUGAUAUUACACUACUAAAAGAAAUACGUUGUAAAGUACAAAUUGAAAAUCCAACAGCUUUUCUGACAUUUUCGAGCACCGAGAGGGGCGUCGAGGAUCUUGUUAUUCGUGUCCUCUUGUACAAUGAUUAUUAUUCCAGAUUUUGUUGAAACUAUUUUUCACCUCCCAAAAUUAAAAGACCACGCGCAUUUGGAUGGGUGUGACCAC